UAAGCUUGUGUAACGUGCUAUGUUAGUCUACAUAUUAGCACUAGCCUUUAAUGGGUCGUACUGUGUAGACCUAUAAACUUAAAACUUUCUAGCUUAGCAUGAUAUAUAUCGUAUUUGAUUUAAUCCAAUUAUUUAAUAACAAAUUGUGUCAAAUAUGACUUACAUUAUGCAGUAUCGUAUGAUUGACUGUCUAACCAUUAGACACUUCUAAUUUUAAGGUAGCAUUAAAAUUUUUAAGGUAAAAAAAAAAAAAAAAACCUAUGAUACGACCAACGAUUGCACCAUUUAUAUCUGAUAGCCGACUGCUAACGAACUCAUCGUGCCGAAAAUCUAUUUGCGUCUCCAUGGACGGUUGGUUGGAAGGCAAGCGACCCCUCAUCGAGAGUGCGCUUGAAUCGAAACGGGCCCUUUAAGUAAUGACUUCACUCCUUCCCAACUAUUGUCCAUGGGAGCCUAGGAUUCCAGACUCGGUCCCUUGUUGGCAGCUCUAGAUUUCUGAGAAACUACCCAAAGUAAUUAACCCUAGUCCCCACGUAGUCCUACGGUUGUUUUUUAUAUUUAUCCAAAGGAAUUACCUUGGUAAUUCUGUUCACUUUUAAGCAAGCUAUAUUCCAUCGAAGAACCAAAAGGAAAAAACAAAGAGGAAAAAGAGAAGAAAUUAACAAGCUUCAUAACUAACUAUGAAGAUAUUUUAUUAGUCUGCCUUGAGCAAAACGACUCUCUCUUUGUCUCUCACCUGCACAGGCCAGACUCAUGGCUAUGGUACUAGCUGUUUUCUUGCUGCUUCUUUUACUUUGCUUACAUGUGAGAGCUGAUCAAAACCAGCAAUCCAAUUUGAUAAAAUUAGGUUCUUCACUCUCUCCCAGAACCGACCCCUCCUCAUGGGCCUCACCUUCAGGUCAUUUUGCAUUUGGUUUCUAUCCGCAAGGCAAUGGAUUUGCUGUUGGUAUAUGGAUUGUCGGUCUCCCGAAGAACACGACUGUCUGGACAGCAAACCGAGAUGAUCCCCCCGUCUCCUCAAAUGCUACAUUAAACUUCACAAGAGAUGGUGUGUUGGUACUUCGGACUGAGGAUGGAAGAGAAAGGCCCAUUGCUGAUCUGGAAGACACUGCCGAUUCUGCAUCUAUGCUGGAUACUGGUAAUUUUGUUCUCUACAAUAACAGUGAUGUUAUAUGGGAAAGCUUUGACCACCCAACUAACACGUUAUUAGGAGGCCAGAAUUUAACCCAGAGGGAUAGCUUGAUUUCCGCUGUCUCAAGUUCGAACCACUCGAGUGGAAUUUUUCUGCUCAGAAUGCAGUCUGAUGGAAACCUUGUGGCCUAUGUAAACAAUUCCGGUUUACCUGAAACUGAUGCUGAAUCUGCUUACUGGGCCUCUGGGACUUCUGGCUCAGAUUUUAGUUUGUUGAAUCUCAAUAAAAGAGGCCUUCUACGCCUGUUUGAUUAUCAUUCCAAUGCAAAUAUUUUGGCAAAUAGCUCUUAUGCUGGGAGUAAAAGAAUUACCAUCUAUCGAGCAACAAUUGAUCCAGAUGGAAUUUUUAGAAUGUACUUGCAUCAUUUUUUUGAUAGCUGCACCAACUCAUGUGAAAAGGUGGUGUGGCAAAAUUUAGAAGAUCGAUGCGAAGUUAAGGGCUACUGCGGCUUGAAUAGUUACUGUUCAGGACGGGGAAAUGAUACUGACUGCUAUUGUUAUCCUGGUUUUACUGUAAUCAGUGACAAUAAGACGUCCCUUGGCUGCUCUCAGAACUUCACUGAAGAUGAUUGCAUAGGUAGGAAAUAUCAAGUGAAGCAAUACAAUAUUACUACCUUGGAGAAUAUGCAAUGGGCUGACAACCCUUAUUCUGUGAUACAAAUGAAGAAGGACGACUGUAAAAAGUCUUGCCAGGAGGAUUGUUACUGUGGAGCAGUACUCUAUUCCAGUGGCAACUGUAACAGGUAUAAGCUACCUCUCAGAUAUGGUAGAAGAAGCAAAAAUAUGUCAACUUUAGCCUUCAUUAAGUUGAUUCAUGGAGGCUUCACAAACUACAGAACGCCCAUGGUGCCUAGUAGUCCAACAGUCAUCAACGAAGAAAACCCACAUUUGCUUUUAUCUGUUGCCAUAAGUUUAGGUUCCAUUACUUGCUUGUGUUUUGCCCUUGCAAUCUCUGGUUUCCUCAUAUACAAGCAUAGAAUUCACAGUUACAGAAAGCAUUCAGAAAAUAAAAUUACUCCAGGAUUAACCGAGCAGUUUACAAUAAGAUCAUUUUCUUUUAUUGAGCUCCGGGAAGCAACGGACAAUUUCAAGGAAGAGUUGGGUAGAGGGUCCUUUGGAGCAGUUUAUAAAGGAACUCUACCAGUUACAGGGGGUACUAAAAUAGUUGCAAUUAAGAAACUAGAGAAUGUUGAGGACGGAGAAAGAGAGUUUCAGAAGGAGAUGACAGCCAUUGGGAGAACUAACCACAGGAACUUGGUUCGGUUGCUUGGUUAUUGUGUGGAAGGUUCAAAGAAGCUUCUCGUUUAUGAAUACUUGAGCAACGGUUCACUUGCGGAUUUUCUAUUUCAUAACAAGGUGCGUCCAAUUUGGAAGGAGAGAGUCAGAAUUGCAUUGGAUGUGGCAAAAGGAAUUCUUUAUUUACAUGAAGAGUGUGUUGUCCGUAUCAUCCACUGUAACAUAAGGCCCCAAAACAUACUCUUAGAUGAUUCUCUGACUGCCAAAAUCUCAGAUUUCGGGUUAGCCAAACUAUUGAUGGCAAAUCAAACAAGCGUUACAGGGAUUAAAAUUACAGGGGGGCAUUUGGCACCAGAAUGGCAAAGGAAUGCCCCAAUAUCUGUAAAAGUUGAUGUUUACAGUUUUGGGAUCGUACUGUUGGAGAUCAUCUGUUGUAGGAGUAGCAUAGAAUUAAAGGUUUGUACAGCAGAUGAGAUACUUCUUUCAAGUUGGGCAUAUAAUUGCUUUCACUCUGGCGAGCUGAAUAAGCUUGUGGAAGAUGAAGAAGUGGACUUGAAAAUGCUGGAAAGAAUGGUAAAGGUGGGACUGUGGUGUAUUCAAGAUGACCCAACUCUACGUCCUUCAAUGAAGAAUGUGAUCUUGAUGCUGGAAGGGACGAUGGACGUACCCAUCCCUCCAUACCCACUUCAUUAUUCCCUAGAUGUUUAACAAUUUUAAUUACCUGAUCAGUUCAUUAUAUGUAUAAGGAUUGUACUCUCAUGCAUGCAUGUUUGCUUCGCAUGUAUUUUAUGUUUUUGUAGUAUUAAUAAUUCUUAAGUUUUGUUAAUUUGGUAAUUUAGAUUUUAAAAAUCAUUUAAUUAGAUUUUAAAUUUAGUAUUAAUUAUAAAUUAUAUGAUAAAACACAUUUAAAUGUGUCUUCGGGAUUAUUUUUAAAUUCUUUGAAUU